GUCACCAAGAUAUUUUCUCUGCAACAAAAAACUGAGAUAGUGUGUGAGAGAAGAAAGAGAAAGGAGAGAAGAGAGAGUGAGAGAGCCACAACAAUGGUGCUUGAAAUCACCGUCGAGCGCGACUACACCAUCGAAGACCCCAAAACGGACGCCUACACCGUCCACGUGGACACCCAGCGCAUCCUGACCGUCGUUACCCACUCCGAGUCCAUCGUCACCAAAUGGCUCAAGGACGCCCUCAAGUCCUCCAUCAAAUCUGCCGUUCUCGUCGGCAUCACGGCCGAGACCGAGCAUAGGUGGUGCUGGCACGAAAAGGACAGGCACAAGGAGUAUCCGUACGACUUUCUCUGCCUCAACAUCGGGGCCCAAUCCCUCGUCUACGAGACGUGGGAGACAUAUUUCAGAGGCAGACACUCGCUCGUCUCCUUCCUCGAAAACCCUAGGGUUUUCGUCAUCGGCCGCGAAAUGGCCAAUCUCUCCAGGAAGCUCAAGGUUCACCACGGCAUCGAGAUCCGGAACGCCGUCGACGUCAACGAUCUCGCGAUCAGGGGGCUGAGGAGGGACGACCUGGAUCUCGGCCGGUACGAUCUAGAUCAGCUCGCCAGGGCCGUGCUCGGGAAGCAAAUGGACUUGGCUAGGCCUGAGGACGAUUUCUACUGGAAAUAUAGGGACGAUGAGUUCCAUCGUUGGACCCAGUGCGACGAGCUGAAGUUAUUCUGGGCCAUUGAUCCCUAUCUGUGCUUCCUGAUCGGUUUGGAGUUGAUCGACGCCAUUGACGGUGCUGCUAGCCAAAAGAAGAAGACGAAGAAGAAGAAGAAGAAGAAUUAAGCUUGCCUUGCCUAGCUAUGAAGUCUGAGUCUCUGACCGUACGUACGUACUAUGUUGAUUUCGUGUUUUCAAUUUGUAGUGAAGUUACUAGUAUCUGUGACUUUGAAUCUCAUCAAUAUCGUUGUUGUUUGCUUUAAUUUCCUCCAAAAUGUACGUUGUUGUACGUAGCGAAUUUCUAAUAUCACUGAGUAGUUGUUAAUCUGAUAUCAUGGAUGCUAUUUGUUUC